CUGCUGAGCAUGGUUACGUACCUGCGCGCAGAGACGAGACGCCACUAGACGCCAAAUAUGCAGCAGCUAAACAUGGCGAGGUUAAGCGAACAUGGGAUUCGCCUGAGUUCCAUGAGUCCUUCCUUCCUGAACAGCAACUCUACGAGUCACACAUGGCCCUUCAGCGCUGUGGCUGAAUUAAUAGACAAUGCAUCAGAUCCUGGCGUGUCCGCUAAACAGAUCUGGAUUGAUGCAGUUAAUGAAGGCGAUCAUUUGUGUCUAACUUUCACUGACAAUGGCAGUGGCAUGACCCCCAACAAACUGCACAAGAUGCUCAGCUUUGGUUUUACAGAGAAGGGUUCGGGUAAAGCCAGUCAGCAGGCCAUUGGCAUAUAUGGAAAUGGAUUCAAGUCUGGCUCUAUGCGACUGGGCCGCGACGCGCUCAUCUUCACCAAGAACGGCGGUUGUCAGACUGUGGGAAUGCUGUCUCAGACUUACCUGGAAAACAUCAAGGCUCAAGCUGUCAUCGUCCCUAUAGUCCCCUUCAGCCAGCAAACCAAGUCGAUGAUUGUGACUGAGGACUCAGAGGCCAGCCUUGCAGCCAUCCUCCAACACUCCAUUAUCAACUCCCUGGAGCAGAUACAUGCACACUUCGACUCCAUUGCCUCAAAAAAAGGCACAAAGAUAUUAAUCUGGAACAUCCGCAGAGCCAAAGAUGGUAAGUCGGAGAUCGACUUUGAGACUGAUGCAAGUGACUUACGUUUGCCUGAGAUUCAGAUCGAAGAGCUAAAGAAAGGUCUGAGGAACAGCGGAUCCUUGCGAGCGGAGCAGAACAUCCCAGAAAUGCAUUACAGUCUCAGGGCGUACCUCAGUAUCUUGUACCUGAAGCCAAGAACACAGAUCAUACUGAGGGGGAAGAAGAUCCUUGCCAAGCUGGUUUCAAAGACUCUUACUCACAUUGAGCAUGAUGUGUACAAACCACACUUCAGUAAAGAGAAGGUGAAGGUAACCUUUGGGCUAAAUCCAAAAAACAAGGACCAUUAUGGCAUUAUGAUGUACCACAAGAAUCGACUCAUUAAGGCGUAUGAGAAAGUGGGCUGCCAGCUUAAGACUUCAGGCCAAAGAGCAGGAAUCGGUGUCAUGGGCAUAAUUGAGUGCAAUUUUCUCAGACCUGCUCAUAACAAACAAGACUUUGAGUAUACCAAAGAAUACAGACUCACCCUUGGGGCCUUGGGUCUAAAACUCAACGACUACUGGAAAGAGGUGACGGAGAAAAGAGCCAGAGAGCGAGAGUUUCAGGCUGCGGACCAGUCUGAAAAUGAAGAUGACGACACUGAGGAGGGUCCCAUGUGGUUACAGUGUGAGGAGUGUCUGAAAUGGCGAAGUGUUCCUGAAAGCUAUUACAAAGUUGCUCCAGAAAGUUGGGACUGCAGCCAGAACCCCAACCCACGUUACAGAAGCUGCUCUUCACCAGAGGAAACAGAAGAGAGCGAGGAGCUGUUAACACCCAGUUACCAGAAAAACCACAAGAAACUAGAGCCACCAAAAGGCAGAAAAAGAGAAAGAUCUUUAGAGAUGUGUGAGGAGCAAGUGGCUAAACAUCACACCCUCUCACGCAGUUCAUCAGAGCCUGUCCAGAGUACCUGCCAAUCCACACGCACACCUCAGUCACUUGAUCGUAAGACAAAUGCAGAUUCCCUUCAAAAUCAUCAUGUCGACACAGACAAAAACGACAAUGUACAGUCAGUCACAGAAGCGACGCAAACACAGGAAAAACCUGAUGUAAGAGAGACAGUCAUUAAAGGAAAGAAUGAAAUCCCACAGAAGCUUGUGAACGAUGAGACAAAUGAUCAUAUGCUCGAAGAAACAGACACAAAGGAAGACACAAUCAUGAAGACACUGGAAAAAGAAGAAGAGCGCACAGAAACUUUAAGAAGAAAAAGGAAGUCUGACCCUCUUGUUUACAGUGGAAAAAAUAAGCUGUAUCUUUGGGAGGAGAGGCAGUCUGGAUCAGGAAACAUGUCACUGGAGUUGCAUCCUGGGAAACAGGCAAAUACAUUCAAAGCAUUGUCGAGUAGCCGUGCAGAGAAUUCAGACCCGCUGGAGCAAACACCCGCCACGCCUCACACCUGGACACACUCGCUCCCCUUCACCCAGACUGUGAUGGUGUCCCCUUUGAGCCGAACAGAGGGCCGACAGAGCAGAGCGCUGCCUCCAGAAGGGGGUGACCGGGAAGCUAAAUUGCAGAAGCUGGCUGGGUUGGAGAAAGAGGUUCAGAGGCUGCGGAAUCUUCUGGGUCUGGAAAUCACGAAGACAACUCAAGGCACAAUGACAACUGAUAGUAACUGUCCAGAAAUUCAAAAGAGAGGGGUGGUGAGACCAUUAGCAAGCAGAGCGGUCGGCUGCCAGACAGACAGCGCUGAGUGCUCUACUUCAUCCAUUGGCCCGGCUCGGGCUGCAGGAACUCAGGGGCUGCUGGUUCACGGUCAAAAGGCUAUAAAUGAGUCAAAAGAUCAAACGGAGCAGAACAAAUCCAGGAAGGAGAAAACUGAAAGUCAGAACAGGACGAGAGACGGCGAGGCCUGCGAAGAAAGCAGAUCUGCACAGGAGAAUCUUCUAGACAUUCGGAACAACGUGGUGGUGCUUCUCACGGCCCUCUUGCCCCAGCUGGACCUUGCCGGCAUCAGUCUGGAGACCAAUGAUGUAGACAGCAUCCUGCAGCAGAUCAUAGAGGUCAACUCACUGAAGCUAUGAUCUAUGUGAUCGGUCCAGCCUGUUAUUGUUUGUAUUCCUUCACUUUUUAUACAAAAUUUGAGUUGAUAAAAGUUUGUCUGAACUAUAUGUUUUCACUGUAUGCUGUACAUACAGCUUACAGCAUUCAUUAAAUCAUAUGAUAAUGAUUUAACGCCGACUUGGAAAGCAAUCAUUCUCAUAUUAUUCUGUUAUCUGUAUGUCAUGUUAACAGAAGUCUCCUAACGCGAAACCUGUAAGUCCCAGAACUAUGAAGUACUGUUUAAGAACAGUUGUACCGUUAUUUAUAUUUUCAUUAUUCAUGAUCAGUGAUGAAACACCAAGUCUGACUCUUCCUUAAUUCUAAAGCUUUAUUAGCAGCAAUCAGUUGUCACAUCAUUUUAAAUCUAAUGUACAGUCUCCUCCGUUUUACAGACUAGUGAACUUCCCGACCUCAAUGAUGUAUGAAAAAUAAGAGACUUUUCAUCUCAAACUAUAUAUUCAUUUGUUGUCUGUUUUGCUUAUUGCCCAUUUAAAGGUUCAGUGUGUAGGAUUUAGUGGCCUCUAGAGGUUAAGAUGCAUAUUGCAAGCAACCUGGCUACCUCUCCAUUUCCACACAGUUUUUCUCCAGUGCCAGUGUUUUAUUUGUCCACUCUGGGCUACUGUACAAACGUGGUAGCCCAACAUGAUGGACACCAUGGAAGAGAACAUGCUCCCUAAGAAGGGCUCAAUUUGUAGUUGCAGGUGAUCACACACUAAUGAAAACAUAAUUAUGAAUAUUACAUUUCUGCAAAUAGUUCCCCCUUAAGUCCUACACACUGGGAUCUUUAAUCAACAUUUAAAACGAUCAGUAUAUUCUGUAAUGGAGCUAUUUGUUUACAUCUUUUACAAACAAAGCUUUCUAUGUUUGCAUUAAAAUACUAAAACCAUUCAA